AAACGCUACUCAAAUGUGAAAAAAGAACGGCGUCGUUUUGUUCCUAUCAGUGACGAAGAUGCUUGUUUCGUCACGAUCUCUCGGGCAGCAGGUAUCUUCUCCCUUGAUCGUGAUGCGGCCGCGAGCUUUCCGGCGGCUAGUGUCCGCGACGCAAACUGAAACACGCUCGAGUUCUUCGUCUUCUUCAACUCGCCUGUGGCGACCUGGUGUCGUCCACUUGCAAGUGCGCCCACGAAGAUUUGAUGCGGUCUACUCUGCCUCAGCAACCCCGACCGGCCCGGCGCAUAAUCUUAAUCGACCGUCACAUCAGUCCUGUCGGUUUCUCAGCACAGACAGCAUCCGUUCCAGGCUGCAGGCGCUGGAGACCGCACAACUGGAGAAAUUUCGCACGGAAAAUGCCGCGGCCUGGGAGGCGCUCGAAGCCCAACUCGAGCACAUUGACCCGUCGGCCGUGAAGCCCCCCGUCCGGAAAAAGCGCAGCAGUGGCGUCGAAGCCCUGGCGAGCAGCGUCAACGGCACGCCCGGCAGCGCCGAGGAUGUGGCCGAGCAGAUGCAGGAAGACGAAGAGCCGGUGGAUCCGCCGCAGCCGCGACAGCUGCAGCUGUACUUCCUGGGGAAUUUCUUGCCCUUUCUCGCGUUCGGCUUCCUCGACAACACCAUCAUGCUGGUGUUUGGCGAGUUCUUCGACGCGUACCUGGGCGCCUUCCUCGGGAUCAGCACCAUGGCGGCGGCGGCGUUGGGAAACAUCGUGGGCGACGUGUCCGGGAUCUGGCUGGGUGGCACGGUGGAAUACCUGGCCGGGCUGCACGUGGACGACCACAGACUCACCUCUAGGCAAAUGAAACUGCACGAGGUCCAGCGCAUGAAAACCGUGGCCAUGGCAACCGGGAUUUUCACCGGGUGUCUGCUCGGCAUGUUCCCCCUGCUCUUCACGAAAAGUCGCGAAGAGCGCGAGCGGGCCGCAGAGGACGGAGCGUAGUUGGAGGAGUCGGCCGCGAAAAGGCAACUUACUCGGCAGUGCGCCGGAGCAUCCGGACCGGCACCGGCGGAGGCGAAGACCCGGUGCGAUGGACUAAUUUCAACGACUUGCCGGUACAAGAACUCGCUUCCAAGAAUCGUACGACAGUGCCAGAGCGGUUUGCGAUAGAAACGAAACCGCGUUGGCUAUCACGCGUUGCGUUCGGGCAUGCGGAUCUUGGUAUGUAAAGGAAGCCUGCGAGGCUGGUCUCUUGUGGCGAGUGCACGAGGCUGGAUAAAAAACAUAGCCGCACUGCCAUGAGAUAAACCGGCGUCUCCGUUGUUUUGCGAAUACCACCGCGAAAGAACACGUGACUGCGCGGUGCAAGGGUAUCUUUGUGACUGCGCUGCAGGCACCAGGAGAAGGAGUGCGAGUCUACUUACAGCUUCACUGUGUAAAAUAGAAUUUGAGGCAUCAAUUACCAGGACCUCAAGAAUUCUUUGUAAGAGGUGUUGUCGUCGUACCUCUUGAACGUUAACCACCAGUAAGCGUUUGCGAGCGCAUCGCUCUUGGAUAUCAU